AUGAACAACGAUAACCUCCAGUGCUCUUCCGAUACAUUGACAGUUUCUGCCCAAGCAUGGACAAAGUUCGUCGCCAAACUUUAUCAUCGGGAACUCAAGACUUUGGGAGCGAACCCUUCUCAAGAAGAUGUUCAUGAACAUUUCAAAGAACAAAUUGAUUAUUAUCACAGCGUCAUAGGGGCAUUCUUGGAAUCGAAACGAGACGAUGGGAAGUUCCCGCAAGUUGUGAAGAAAGUGGUCGAGCCAUUUGCCAAAUUGGCCACUCGAGCAUACAAGGAGACAGGGAUUCAGGUCUUUGGAUUUGCCGUCGAUGUCAACGCCAAUUCAACCUCAAGCUUGGCUUGGGGCGGCAGCCGUGAGUAUGAGAAACUCCGUGAACGCUACAAGUCCUCCGUCGAGACUCAGCUGAGAGAUUAUGAGGGGAUGUUCAAGAUGGCGGAGAUGGACCAGCGAUUGACGGCUGCAAGCAGUGCAUUGAUUCACUGCGAACCAAGGUCGAAUGAAAAUAAGUGUGAUUGCCUUAUGCGAGUCCUUGGAGAAUUUCUACAAAGUGAUCUCAUUGAGAUCUUCAGUGCCCGGAAUGAGGAAGGCAGUAACAUGAAGAAGGUCACGAUGAACUGGUCUUGGAUGGACUUCGCGUACAGGAACGAGGUCACCAUCCUUGGUUGGGGGCUGGUGGAUGAGUACCCUCGCGAAGGAUUUUCUUUGAAGGGAAAGGGAAAGGGGGAGGCUUUUUUUCAAAGAAUUGUCCAGACACGCAUCAAUGAGUACAAACAGAAGCGCAGUAGCCUCAUGGUGAACGAUGAAGAACUUGAUGAUUCGGUUAUCUCACCGUAUGUUCGCAUUGUCCCAUGGACGUCAGAGCAACGAAAGCUUCGUGUGGUCAAACAGCAAGACAUCCCCCUUGUGGUAGAUGUUGCAGGAAAGGUUUUAUCCACCGUCUUCAACUCGAAGGUGUGGGCGAAGGCGGUCGAAGUCACUGGCCAUAAAAAGUCAUGCCAGAAGUCAGCGCAACCACAAAGCGACGAUGAAGAAGACUUCGAAAUGCACGUUGAGAUACCUCCACGUCGUCCACCUCCCCACCCAAACACUUCACGAGAGGAUCCCGAUGCUGUUCCCCCUCACUUGCGAUUUUCACCAGAGCCUCAAUCUCAUCGUCCACCUCCCCGCCCAAACACUUUACGAGAGGGUUCCAAUGCAGUUCCCCCUCAUUUGCGAUUUUUGCCAGAGCCUGAAGAUCGUGACCAGACUUAUAAUCAGUGGGCUCCAAGCAACUUUGACACAUGCCCCCCUCACUCCAGAUAUAGAAUAGAUUUGCAAGAUUGUGAUCAGGACACUUACAAUCGAGCACCUAACAAUGCCAGUGCACGUCCUCCCCACUCUCGAUCUACAGCGGAUUCUAUCGAUCGCGGUCGUGAUUAUCCUCGACGAGCACUCAACAACUCUGAUACAAAUCCCCCUUACUCUCGAUCUACGGCAGAUUCUAUUGAUCGUGGUGACGACUACCGGUUCACCCGUGAUUUCACUCCUGCCCCCAAUCAAAGUCGCUAUUACGAAAUUGACUCUGACUUACGAGGGGGUGGCCGAGAGCCAUACGGACCUCCAACGCAUGAUCAUCGCCUUGCAAGGAACAAGAACGACUAUCCAUCGCACGACCACUAUAAUGCUGGCUCUUCGGGUGCUCAGCAGACUUUACAUCGCCAUCACCUCCCGGAAGAUGGCCAAGGCCUCUCAAAGCGGCCAUACAACAAAGAGGAUGUGGGACAGCUCGAUAUCGGCCCUUCCGAACUGCAGCUGCCUCAGAAAAAGCGGAAGAUUUCGGAACUGGAGGAAGAGACACGCAAGGUUGUUGUGCAUCCUACACGACGAAUUCCGUCCGGAAGCCAUGCAACUGCUCCAGAGAAUGGUAGACCUGGCUCUUCGAAGGAUUCAAUUUGGGGUCAUCCUCCAAUUGGAAGGCGUUAA